GGUAAUGUGCUGACAUUGGCAGUGCAGAUGUAUGGAUGCCGUGUUAUCCAAAAAGCUUUGGAAAGUAUCGAUGAGGAUCAGCAAAUGGAUAUCCUGAGGGAAUUGGAGGGGCAGGUGCUGAGAUGCGUGAAAGAUCAGAAUGGCAAUCACGUUAUACAGAAGGUGCUAAGAUGCGUGAAAGAUCAGAAUGGCAAUCACGUUAUACAGAAGAUGUAUGGAUGCCGUGUUAUCCAAAAAGCUUUGGAAAGUAUCGAUGAGGAUCAGCAAAUGGAUAUCCUGAGGGAAUUGGAGGGGCAGGUGAGCAAAUGUUAA